AUGUGCCAGCAGUGGAAGAACCGGCUUCGUGAUCUCACGAAAUCCAUCUACGGCUCGCGUCGUUCUCUACUGGAUACGAUUGAACUAAGAGAGAGCGAGAUGAAGGUCCGUACUACAACCACAUCUAACCCAUGGUCUGCGAACCCGUUAGCACGAGCAGCGGAUAGCCAGGAAGAUGAUCCAAUGGAAGAAGCGAACCCGAUUAAUGACAUGCUCAGAGCAAUCCAGAACACGAUAUAUGCACAAGUUGAAGGAGAACUGUCUUUCCAGCUACCUAUGGAAUUCCCCGUUUACCCCGAUUUUCAAACGAGAGAGCGACUGGUGGGGGCUAUUCUUCAAGGCGCCAAGCGAGGCGACAUGGAUCAAGCCAAACUCACCCAGAUGCUAGGCGAAACCAAGCAAGUGUGA